AUGAAGGCAAGGCAGGCUCUUUCCGCCCUGGCCCUCGUCGGCCAGGCUCUUGGCCACGGCUACGUGUAUCGCAUCACCGCCGACAACACCGUGUAUCCUGGUUGGGACGUUCGUCUUGACCGAGGUCAGAGCCCGGCCCCCGCCCGUAUUGCCUUUGGCGGCGGUGAUGUUGGCCCUGUGACGGACGCCAACAGCCCCGACAUUGCCUGCAACAGGGGUCACAGCCCAGCUCCCGGCGCUAUCGCGGAAGUCCGCGCCGGUAGCGAUAUCACCUUCCACUGGUCCCACUGGCUCUACAGCCACAAGGGGCCAAUCACGGCCUGGAUGGCGCCCUACGAAGGAGACAUUGCCGACGUGGACGUGAAUGAGCUCGAGUUCUUCAAGUUUGCGGAAGACACCAUUGCCGACGACGGAAGGUGGGGGACGGUCCGCAUGAUGGAUGACACCGACGGCGCCUGGACCGCCACUGUUCCAGCGGACAUCAAGCCAGGGAAAUAUGUCGUGCGUCAGGAGAUCAUCGCCCUUCAUUUCGCCUUCUACAUGACGUGCUUCAAUAUCGAGGUUACCGGUGACGGCGAGGCUACCCCGCAGGGCGCGACUUUCCCCGGCGCGUACGACAUGGAAGCGCCAGGCCUCAACUUUGACCUGAACUCGACCGACCCGUACCCGGCUGUCGGGCCCGCGCUGUACGAGAGCGAGUACGCAGUGGAUCUGGAGCCUCUGGAGAGCGUCAUCGUGAGCCCCACGGGCGAGGGCGAGGAAGCGGAUGAGGAAUAUUACGCUGCUCAGUAUGAAGUGUUGCGGCAGCAGGGGAGACCGUUUCCACGGCACGUUCUAUCCUCCCCACAGGAGUAUCACGUCGCCGACGGGCCCGCUCCCGCAGCCGAUGCUACCCGAGCAGAAGGGCAUCCCGUUCAGAUUCACGAUGGCCAGGGAGGCCAUGUACCAGCGCACGAUGAAAGUUCGGCGGCUGAGCGGGCGACGGUGCAACACGGCGUCCCCGUACAGCACGGCGUUUCUUCGCUCCUCUGGCCGGACACGCAAGACUUCUAUCAGAGUUUGGCCUAUCUCGAUGACGUCGCGUGGGACAACCCUAUCCCAGCCGGGCUUUUCCAGGGUCCUUACGUUCCGGGCGAGCUUCCGCAUUGGACCGUCCAUCAGCAAACCGACCGCCCAAGAUCGGCCGAGUAUGGCGCCGCCGAAGACGGCCGUAGGGCUGUCCAGGCUGUCAACGGGCUGAUCAACGACACGCUAUCGAGCGAAGCACUCUCCAACGGCGAAGCGCUAUGGAGGCUAGCCUACACGGCCAUUGCGACAUCUUGGCCUCGAAUGAUUAACCAAAGAGAGAGCACGACCACUUUCACGGAACCGGACGCUGAGAAAGACCAGCCAGACCUUUUACGGACUGAGCAUGCAUUGGGCGCAGUAUUGCGGCAUGUACGACCUUUCCACCAUCGACGCCGCCGACGUCCCCCGCUCCACGAAUCCCCAGAAGUCAAAACAAACGCGUGGAAGGCGUGGGUCGCGCGCGAAACCCAGCUCCGAACCCUUCUCGGCCUUUGCGUCAUCGACGGCGUCGUAUCCCAGUACAGCGGGAGCCUCGUCAACACGUGGUCGGCCACCAACACCCUGCCCCUAUCCGCCGACGACGAAACUUUCCACGCCGCCACCGCCGACGACUGGAUCCGAGCCAUGGCCCUGCGCGGGCCCAGGAGGACCCGGUACUGCGAGAUCCACCACUUUCUCUUUUCCCCGCCGGGCCAGAUCCCCGGCCGCCUGGGGUACAGGUUCUUGCUGUUCGACGUGCGGAUCCUGCUCGAGAUUUUGAACGCGCUGUCGGCGGAGUCUGUACGCAUCGAGCCCGCGCCGUCCGGCAUCCGUUCCAAGGCGAAGCUCCUCCAGGCCCUGGAUGCCCUCCGCCACUACAUCUGCAACGGCGAAAGUCUCAGUGUGCUCGACCGGUCCAUCGCUCUCCUCCGGUGGCAUGCCGUCUGCCUAGACAUUGUCGUAAGCAGCGCGCGGGGAGCGCGGAGGAUGUGCAAGCGGUUCAACAUCUCCCAAGACAUAUUUGGUGGCGAGAGAAGGGACGAGUCGCCCAUCAACCCCCAGGCCUGGGUGGAGAGCCCCAAGUCGCGGAGAUGCCUCUUGCACGCUUACCAGAUCCAGGCCAUCGCCAGCCAGAUGCCGCUCGGCGUCGCGCACGACGUUUACCUCCCCGGUGCCAUAUUUGCCGCCGCCACAACCUACAGCUCCAUCGCUCUGGCCGGCGUGUCCAAGAUGGUCAUCCCCUCGGCGGUGGACUGGAGCGUCGUCCUGUACCACGGCGUCGAAGGCGCGCCCGAGGACGCCGUCCAGUUUGAAAGCGAAGAGGCCCGCAUCACGGCCGAAUUCCUCGCGGGGAACCUGACGGGCCUCGGCAAGGGCUGCGAAACGCGCAACCUGUCGUACGACCUGACUUCGCUAAAGAUCAUGCUGCGCGGCUUGUCUUUCCAGUGGGGCGUCACUCAGGAAAUGGAACAGGUUGUCGAGUCUUUUGUGGCCUUGUGUUCUUGA